AUGCCGCGCAGUUACUUGGGCUUGCAGGGCGAUAAGCUCCAGAUCGCCAUUGGACUCAUCGCCGGCAUGGACUUUUUGCUCUUUGGUUACGAUCAGGGUGUUACUGGUGGUCUCCUGACUCUGCAGUCCUUCAUCAAAUACUUUCCUACAAUUGCUACCAACGGUGAUUACUAUAACAGUCUGAGCGCGGCUGAGCAAAGCACCCAGUCUACUCGUCAAGGUAUUGUCGUCGCUGCUUACAAUUUGGGAUGUUUCGCCGGUUCGAUUCCGACUAUUUGGGUUGGGAACUAUCUCGGACGACGCAGGACUAUCUUCCUCGGCUCUUUCAUCAUGGUCAUCGGCGCUUUGCUACAGUGUACCGCUUACCACCUCCCUCAAUUCAUUGUUGGACGUCUGGUUACCGGUUUUGGAAACGGUAUGAACACUUCGACCGUCCCGACAUGGCAGUCUGAAUGUUGCAAGGCCAACAAACGUGGUCAGCUCGUCAUGAUUGAAGGUGCAAUGAUUACCUGCGGUAUCACCAUCAGCUACUGGAUCGACUUUGGUCUUCUGUUCACCGACCCCAGCGAAGUCUCGUGGCGCUUCCCGCUCGCCUUCCAGAUCUUCUUCGCCGGCAUCAUCCUCGCCUUCGUCAUGUUCCUCCCCGAGUCCCCCCGCUGGCUCGUGCUCAAGGGCCGCGAAGAUGAAGCCCGUGAAGUCCUCGGUGCCCUCAUCGGCGACGGCCCUGACUCCCACUUCAUCCAGACCGAGUUCACCGCCAUCAAGGCUACCGUCCUCGAAAUGGCCUCGGGUUCUUUCAAGGACAUGUUUACCUUUACUGAAGACCGCCACUUUCACCGCACCGUCCUCGCCUACGUCAACCAAAUGUUCCAGCAGAUCUCCGGAAUCAACCUCAUCACCUACUACAUCCCCGUCGUGCUCGAAAACCAAUUGGGCAUGUCUCUCGAGAAGUCGCGUCUCAUCGCCGCCUGCAACGGAACAGAGUACUUCAUCGCCUCAUGGGUUGCCGUCUUCACCAUCGAGCGCUUCGGCCGUCGAACCCUCAUGCUCUUCGGUGCAGCCGGAAUGUCCGUCUCCAUGGCCAUUCUCGCUGGUACGGCAAGUGCUGGUACCGAUUCAGCCAACAUCGCCUGUAUCGUUUUCCUCUUCGUGUUCAACACCUUCUUCGCCAUCGGCUGGCUUGGUAUGACUUGGCUGUACCCAGCUGAAAUUGUCCCGCUGAAGAUUCGUGCCCCGGCAAACGCCCUCGCGACGUCUUCUAACUGGAUUUUCAACUUCAUGGUCGUCAUGAUCACGCCGGUUGCAUUCGCCAACAUCGGAUACCAGACCUACAUUAUCUUCGCUGUCAUUAACGCUGCCAUCUUCCCUGUCGUCUACUUCUUCUACCCCGAAACCGCCUACCGCAGUCUCGAGGAAAUGGACCGCAUUUUCCGCAAAACGAAGAGCGUCUUCACGCUCGUAAAGACAGCCGCCCAGGAACCCCACAUGUACGGCAAGCACGGCGAGCUCCUGCACCAGCUCUCCGAAGUCGAGGACGAGGCUGUUCGCCGCGCCAGCAUCCUGCAGCACGCUGCUAAGAAGGAGAGGCAGGAUAGCGAUGUGAAUACCAGCACGGAGAAGGUGGAGCAUGUUUAA